AUGCGUUCCAUUUUAUUUAUACUAUUUUCUGUGUUCGCAGGACUCGCAGCCGGCCAACUGAUUGGCCCAGUCGGUCCGACAACCCAGCUCGAAGACAAGGAUAUUGAGUGCAAUAUUUUGGACUAUGGUGGCGUUGCUGAUAAUGAGACCGAUGUCGCAACUUCCAUCGAGACCACGUUCACCGAAUGUGUGCUAAACAACCCCAAAAGUCGUCUUGUUAUCCCCGAGGGCGACUAUUUGAUCAAGCGCAGUGUUGUUUUGAGUAAUGGAACCAAUUGGGCUUUCCAGCUUGACGGUCUGAUCACCGCGGCAUAUGGUGGAAAUUGGACAGUCGACCCUGUCGAUUUCGAAUUCUAUUCGUCCAACGGGCUUGGCGCAUUUCAAGGCCAAGGAUAUAUCUAUCGAAAUCUGGCCAACACCGAUCGCCCUCGACUUGUGAGAUUAAUUUCGCCCACAAAUGCUUCUGUGCAUGAUUUGAUCCUUGUGGAUAGCCCCAAGUUUCACAUCGUGUUUGAUUUUGCUGUGAACCUGGAGGCGUACCACCUUACUAUCCGUGGUGCUAACCUAGGAAGCUAUGAUGGCAUUGACGCCAUUGGCACCAACUAUUACAUCCACGAUAACGAGGCAAUCACGAAUCGUGAUGAGUGUGUCUCCGUGAAAAGCCCGUCCCAUCAUGCCUUAGUCGAGAAUCUGGUUUGCAAUCAGGCAGGAUCUGGUGUUUCAAUUGGCAGUCUUAACGUAUCUGCGGAAAUAUCUAACAUUGAAGCUCGCAAUAUCAGCAUUAUCCAGGGCAACAACAUCGCCUUUAUCAAAACGUAUCCUGGAGGGUCUGGUUACGUCAAAGACGUCACCUUCGAAAAUUUCCGCUCUUUGAACAGCCUGUACGGAUUGGACAUCAACCAAUACUGGCAAAACACAUGGGAGCCUGAUACCGGUUCCGUGACAUUGAGCAACCUUGUCUUCAAGAACUUCUCAGGAUCGGUUGCCGAUGGAGCACUCCGCCCGCCAUUGUAUCUGUUUGCAAGUGACUUGACAUUUGCAACGAACGUCACCGUGGAGGAAUUCUCUGUCUGGACUGAGACUGGUACAACAGUCGUCAACAAGAUCAGCAAUAUCUUCGGCACUGGGGAUGAUAGCUAUGGAGAGAAUGAUGGCAUUGAGAGCCUCCAAUCUGGAGAGUCGCCGUAUACGUAUACUAGCACCUAUACUAUUACGGCUUCUCCCACCAAUUGGCAAGCUCCAUCAACCCCAACCUGGGCUUUACCGAGCACUGGAUAUGGAAGUAAGUUCAACGAGAAUUGUUCUGGUUAUUUUUACAUAGCUAACUUAUCUACAGCUGCGUCACCUAUUCCAGUCUAUACUCCCGCACCUCUUUGGCGCCCUGGUGGAAUUGACUAUAACCUCCAUUAUUGGGGAAGCUUUUAG